AAAAUUACAUCAGUUACUUUCCAUAGCUUCACUAGUACGCUUUAACACAAACGCAGCCUUUUGGGUUUUGAGACUUAUUUGAGAACACACCACCGCCAUUAUGAUGCCGAAGAACUUCUUGAAAAUCUGCGCCGUGUUGAUUGUUAUGGCAGCGCUGUUGCCACAAGGUCAAAGCCAACGCACCGUUUGUGGACCGGCCUUGGACGCUGUGCUCAGCACCAUUUGCGUCCAUGGCUUCAACUCAAAGUUCAAGAAAUCAGUGGAAUGGGAUGAUUUGGGAAACAAUGAAGUGGACUACGAGCUGCCCUUCCCCUAUGCCAACUCGCCAUUCUUAGCCAAGAUUCACGGCGCUCAGUUUGACACAUUAGCCAAGACUCGUCGUCACCGACACACAGGCACAGACACCGACACGGUCCUAACCGGUGUUUAUGAUGAGUGUUGCAGCAAGGCCUGCAGCUACAACGAGAUUCUUUCGUAUUGCAACACAUUUUAAAGCUGCAAUGCCUAGUAUAGUAUUCAGCCCACUACAUGAUAUUAGUUACUCACUUUUAAUUAAAUAUUUGUAAAUCCGAUGCUUACUAAAAUCACUAUGAAUAUAAUCAAAAACUCGAAUAAAAAGACAUGAGGUACUCGUAUAAUGUACUCGGCUUAUUUUAAGUAUAAACGGUAUUCGGAUACAUAUACAUAUUUACUCGCCAAUUAUUCUGUGCCGUCGGCUUUGUUCGAACAAAAGCUUGAACUUGAUAUUUAAACAAAUGGAGCCAAAUAUAUAAAAAUGUUUUCAAAAAUAAACAAAUCUUGACAUU